AAGAACUUUUAAAAAGGCUCAAUGUUUGGGGCCACAAUUACACAGUAUGCUGCUUAAAAAUACGCAUCCUUAAUAACUUCAGUAAAAUAAAAAGCAAACCAAGUGCUAAAAGUGGUAUGUGCACUAAAUAAUCCGAGAAAUAUUAGUUAUCAUGAAAAGGAAAUCUUGCGUAAACGUCGGGAAUGGUCUAUUCUUGGAAUGGAAUUCUCGAUCUUGGUCGUCUUGUUGCUGUUGGGUUGUGUUAAAAUGUUGGAAUUCUGACUACAAUAUUUCUUAAUUCAUGUUGUUUAUAUUGUUAUAUAUCGUUUGAAUGGCAAUGGACGUUGAUAACGAAGUAGACCAAGAUUUCUUAACAAGGUUUAACGCGCUAGGAACGACAGAUCGAGAUAUUUUGAUAACAGAAUUACAAAGACUGUUGAAUUUCCAGCUCAGUCACGCAGGAUGUAUUUUCUUUCUAGACAUGACAAAUUGGAACUUGCAGGCAGCAGUUGGUGCUUAUUAUGACUUCAAUAGUUCUCAGACAGUUGAAAAGUUGCCAAACAUGGAAUUCAUGCAAGAUAUAACAAUUGGUGAAGGAGAAGCUGUCCCACCAAAUACAAAAUUUAUUAAAACCUGGAGAUUAAAGAAUAACGGAGUUGAAAUGUGGCCUCCGGGAGUUUUCCUAAAGUUCACUUACGGGGAUCAACUUGGACCGAUCACAUUUGUGUCAGUUCACGCAGUUGAACCAACGAAAUCUACUGAUGUCAGUGUUGAAAUGAUCUCACCAUCAAGCAACGGCAUUUACCAAGCACAAUGGAGAAUGUGUACAUCCAUGGGUCAAUAUUUUGGGGAUAUAAUUUGGGUAAUAAUUAGUGUUAACGAGAGUGGUUUGUUACGGGUAACGCAGCAGUUUUCAGAGUUAGGACAUGAAUCAAGACUAUCUCCCGUCAAGCCAAAUGAUCAACAUAAUGAACAAACACCAUCUGGAUUCAAUCCAUUUUCAUCAUCUGAUACUCCAACUGUCCCAUUUAACAGUCCAGUUAAAGCCACAGAAAACGAGAAUAGCUGUAAUAACCAAAUAUCAAAAGAAGAUCAAUGAUGAUCAAUCAUUAUUCGUUCCUCGACCUUAUGUCCCGUGGAAGAUAAACUAAAUCAGGAUCCAAACGAAUAUCUCCAACCCUUCUCUGACCGCUCGUCCGUAGUCUAGACGGAAUAUUGGCUGUGCCAAAAAUCCUAGAACUAUGGUAAAAGUACCUAAAAUAUAUUCAUUCCAAAGUUUGAAUGAAUCUAUAGUUAAUACGUUUCAGUUCCUGAUAAUGAGUGCAAGUACCGGGGUACUUCCGGUUGUACGAAGACAGUUUUUAAACCGUGCAUGGAUUAGUGAAAUCGAUAAUUACGGUACUCUAAUGACUUUCGUUAAUGUUAUAUAAAGUAUGUACUAUAAGUAUAUCUAGUCGCAUUAUUUAGUCCAUCAGGUCAUGCCAACAUUUAGGGCUGCUUUCCACUGUCGCGUUUUUUGCACAUACAUAUACAGUGGCGUACGGGGAACGAUAAUUGGGUGGGGGGUACAAAUUCAUAUUAUCAUAUAUUCAUGUUGUAC